AUGUCAUCGACACGGCAACGGCGGCCAGUGAGCAUCGCUGAUUGGCUACUUGUCCAUCCCCACCCCUUUCCCUCCCCCCCUCUCUCCUUUCCCCUAACCCCAACCCCAGUGAAACGGGAUCGCUUUAGGCGGAGGUGCCGCACGUUAAGCCGCUUGCCGGCUUUUGUCCAUCACUCAGGAGCUGUCGCUUUACCUGAGUGUCGACUAGUUUGUACCUGUGAAAGGAGGCUCGAGGAGAGUGCAGGAAAGGGGAGAGACCUUCUGAGUCACAACAUUUCAUCCGAGGCAGCCCUUGAAAUCACAGGAGUUAAAGACAGAAAUAAAACUAGACAAGAUCGUAACCUUCAGCUAAAUUAUCAGGUUGAGCAGCUGGAGAAGACAAAUCGUACUUUGGAGAGACAAAUCCAUGGCUUGUUGCAAAGUAAAGAAGAUGUGUCUGACCAAGUGAAGAAACUGAUCAACAGAAACCAGGAGCUCUCCAAGGAACUUAAUGAUAUCAAUCGAUUAGCUGAGAAACUUGAAAAGGAAAAGGAAUUGGCACUCUCUGUUGCUUGUAAUGAAAUAAAGGUAGCUGAGGUGGGUUAGAAUUUAUCCACAUAAUAGAUUUUGCUUUAAACCUUUUUAUAACAAAGGAAAAUCCAUUGCUACUUUUAACAGUAUAGUUAUGGCUUCAGUUCAAAACUUGGAAAUCAUGUAUUUUAUUCAUUUUAGAAAUUGUAUACCAUUGAAUAUUAAACUAGCAACCAAGGGCAGUGGAUAUAUCUGUAAUCCUGGUAUGCACUAUGCUAUUAUGCUAUAGAUAUUGACUUUAAAAAUCUUAAAAUAUUUUUGCACUCUUAAAAUUACGUUCAGGAUAACCAUCUAACAUCUAUGGCUGUAAAUGUUUAAAUUAAUUGUUGAAAAGACUUUAUGUCUGGGUGUGGCAAAGUGCACUUCUGAAAUUGUAAAUCAGACAAUGCUACUGAUUUCAUUAUAUUGACAAAUGGAUUGAGCUGAAAGUUCCUGGGACUAGAAUGCAUGAACCUCAAUGGAAUAAAGAUUUGUACUCAA